CCCUUCCUUCCCGGAGCUGGCAGGCGGGCCGCGGCGGCGGCGGGCAGCGGACGGGCGGACUGGCGGGCGCUUCCACCUUGCUCCCUCCCUGGCUGCCGGCUUCCUUUUGUCUUUCUGGGCGGCGAUGAGCGCGGGGCCGGCGCAGCAGCUGCAGGCGCACGGAGGCCCACGCUCCUAGUCACUCCUCCCGGCCUCGGCGCUCUCGUCCCGGGCAGCGGCCCGGGCCCGCUGCAGCCGCCGCCGGCGCCGAAGUUGGGCUCGGGAAGCCGGCGGACCGCGUCCUGCGCCGGAGCAGGUAGGGAAGGGGCGGGCUGCGGGCUGCUGGCUGCUGGCGUGUGCACCGGGCGUGUGCACCCGGCGUGUGCACCGGCGAGCGCUGCGAUCCGGCUCUUUGCGGGGGCAUGGUCUAGCGGCCCGGUCAGGACGCAGAAACACUCCCCGGAGGUUCUGACCCACUCCCUCUCGGCCUCCGCCUGGUCUCUGGUGUAGUCGCCGCCGCCAGUCGCCAUGGGCAAGCAGAACAGCAAGCUGCGGCCCGAGGUGCUGCAGGACCUGCGGGAGAACACGGAGUUCACCGACCACGAGCUCCAGGAGUGGUACAAGGGCUUCCUCAAGGACUGCCCCACCGGCCACCUGACCGUGGACGAGUUCAAGAAGAUCUACGCCAACUUCUUCCCCUACGGCGACGCUUCCAAGUUCGCCGAGCACGUCUUCCGCACCUUUGACACCAACGGCGAUGGCACCAUCGACUUCCGGGAGUUCAUCAUUGCGCUGAGCGUGACCUCGCGGGGCAAACUGGAGCAGAAGCUCAAGUGGGCCUUCAGCAUGUACGACCUGGACGGCAACGGCUACAUCAGCCGCAGCGAGAUGCUGGAGAUCGUGCAGGCCAUCUACAAGAUGGUGUCGUCUGUGAUGAAGAUGCCGGAGGAUGAGUCCACCCCGGAGAAGCGCACGGACAAGAUCUUCAGGCAGAUGGACACCAACAACGACGGCAAACUGUCCUUGGAAGAAUUCAUCAAAGGUGCCAAGAGCGACCCCUCCAUUGUCCGCCUGCUGCAGUGCGACCCCAGCAGUGCCAGUCAGUUCUGAGCGAGCGGCCCCUGGACAGUUGCAGAGAAACACAGGCUUGUCGUGCCGUUUAAGCUUUGCUUGCAAAAGUGGAUGCCCCGCAGUUGUUCCUGCUCUCCCGGGCCCUGGGCCUGGGGCAUGCGUAGCACCUGCCCGGCCCAGUGGCUACGCCUCCCCCUCCACCUGACCAAUGCGACAUUCCUCCCCUCACGCCUGGCCCGGUCCCUUCCAGGGCAACUCCCAGGGAUGUGGUGACAUGCAGGGUUCAAAUGUUCUUGGUUCCAGGCACCUCCCGGCUCACGGGGAGCUCAGAGGUCCACGCCGAGGAGACCAGGCAGGACCUCCUGAGGCUGCGCCCCGGCCGGCCCAUGCAUUUUGUGAUCCCAAGUGACUCUGUGGGAAGGGUGGGGACGAGGCGUCGGGAGGGUAGACAGGGAGCCCCUCCCGUGCAUGGCUGCCCCCCCGUUCAUUUUCUCCACCACAGCCGCUUGCAUGUAUAGAUACUGUGGUCCCCUUUCUUUUAAUAUAUAAGUUAUGUAUGGUGAAGUGAAGUGUAUUGUGUAGGUCCUGUAUUUAAUGCCUCUGACUGCCUUUGAAGCGCAGCCCCCUGUGGCCCGCGACCCCCUGAGCCUGGCUGUCGUGUGGUAUUUAUGCUCUCUUUGUCUGCCUGUUUCUAAGGAAAUGCAUGUGUGCCCUGAGCUGUGAUGAUCCUCCCGUCCGUGUCGCGAGCACAGGCAUUUGUGUCUGAUCUGUCCUCCCUGUUGAUUGGUCUGGCAUUUCCGGUAUUAAAAUGAUAAAAUAAA